CACUUAAGAACGCACAUUGUUUUGUUGCCGGGAGGAGAGUCAUCGCCUCGUUAAUAUUAAUGUCAAUAUUUUCUCGCCGCCAGCAUCUGCAUAGUGUUUGGGAAUUAUAUACAGUACUGUCAGUUAGCUUAAAUACUCUGUGCUUGAAUACAGUCGUUGUCAGUAGGGUCUGUAAAUGAAGGAUCACCAGUUACCUUUCCAAAACAGCUUUCCAGCAGCUGGCGAUGAGCUGACAGUCCCCGACAGCUGACAGACCCUAACAGCUGGUUGACUCUGGCAGCUGGCUGACACUGACAGCUGAAUGACACUGGCAGCUGACUGAUCCUAACAGUUGACUGACCCUGGCGGCUGAUCACGACAGUUGUUCUGUGACCCUUGGCUCGGCCCGGGCUGUAAGAUAACAUCACUUUUAUCUGAGCAAGCUUGAACAUCAUGGGGCGGACGGUGGUAGCAGAAGACAGCCUGCAGGAUAAGCUGACAGCAUUAGCUAAGGCUGGCAUCUUCCAGAUUGGGCUGGUCAUUGGUCAGAAUGCUAAAGACCGUGACUUCAUUGUUCAUCUCGCCCCAACACCAAUACCAGAUGAAGGAGAUUUGAGCUCUGAAGAGGAGGAGGCAAUUCCAAGUUCCAAGACUGGACAAGCUAAACCAAAAUAUCCUGAUUCUAUUGCCAAGGUUGUUGAUACAAAUGUAUCUCAACACACAAGACAAGUUGUACGCAUGCUGCCAGGUGGGCUGGACAUUAUUGGAAUUUAUGUGGUAACACCACAAGCAGAGUUCAGUUCUUCAGUCAGCCAGUCUAAGCUUCGCUCUGUUUUAACAGUGACUCACAAAACAGCAUCGAGAAUUCUCUUAGACACAGCAGAAAUCAGAACUGAGAAGAUUAUCAUUCAUGUUUGCACUCAGACAUUCAAGGUGAUGUGCAAAACUGUGGAUGUGUGCCCAUCAGCUCCCAGCCUGCAGUCAAAUGCUGAACUCAAAUUCCAGCGAGGAGGCAUCAAAUGGCAGCAGUUGAGUUUCUCGUACAACAUUAACCUUAACUUCUGGCUUCCAAAGGACAAUUCAUCACAUUCUCUCUACAAGACAAUCCUUACCUUGAUCAAACCCUGGGCAAAUAAUGUGAAGGAAAGUCUGAUUCUUAUUGACUCUGAGCUCCCAAAUGAUGAAGACCCAUUGGACUCAAGUGCUGAUGAGAAACCUAAGAAGAAAGGGAGCAGUAGAGGCAUGAUGGAAUUAGCACCCCCAAAAGUCUUCAAAGCAGAAAUUCUUGAUUCUGGUUCUCCUGUAGCCUCAACUCGUGGGUUGACUGAAAGCUCUGGUUGUGUGCGGCUUUCUGGAACAUUAGCUGGACUAGCAUUUGUACACUCAAAGGCAACUGUGGGAGAAGCUCGUUCUGCAGUUUUGGUUGAUCUAGUGCGAUCUGUUAUGGCUCGUUGGGAGAUGCAUUGUGAUUCUCUUAUAGAAGAACCACCAUCACAUCUCACUGGUCCCAUCAUCCAUGAACCUCCACGACGAGUGUUUUUAGAAGGUGGUGGACUACCUGUGAGCUUAUGUGAUUAUCUGUUCCCUGGGGACACUUGUGCUGAUGCUUGUCAGUCGGCUAAAGAGCUACUUGGUGUACGAGUUCGCAAGGAACAUGUGGAUGAUACUCUCGAAACUCAUGCAGAUGCCUCUGAAGUAAUGGACAUGAGUAAUGCAGAUGCUGAAGGAGUUAAGCAUCUUGAUGGUAAUGGUUCUUCCCGGGAACAAUCUUGUUCUGUGACAUAUAUACUGUUAGCCAUUGUUAUAGCUCUGGUGGGAAUUGGAGUAUCAUACAUUACAUUUCGAGGAACAAAAGCAUUAACCUAAAGUUACAUGUAAUUUUUGUAUGUAUUUUAUUUAUCAUUAAGAAAUAAGGCAAAUUGUCCAUCACAGCAACGAUAUUUUCCAAGAAACUUCAAUAUGUUACAAGACAAAGGAGUUUUGUACAUUAAGAAAAUUCAUUUGCUAGUUUGAGCAUGAGAGAUGUUAAUUGAGCAGGUGCAUGAAUGGCUUUUAUUUUGAUGUAAUUACUUUCAAAUUGGAAAGAUAUAUGGAAUGACAAGGGAAAGAGUUUUUUCUAGUUUAGAUGAUUUUUGUGUCCUGAUUUAUAAUAGGGAUUUUGGUUUUUAUGUUGAGUAGUCAAUUUUAACACAUUCAAAAGGUCUUAAGGGGUUAAUGUUUGCUACAAUUUAACUGCUUAAUUUAAACAAAUUUGGAGGAAACAUGGUAUGUAGAUAGAUUAAAAUAAGUUCUACGUUAAUUUUUAUUAAUUUUAAAAGUACAGUACAUAUAAUCUUGGAGCAUAGGAAAUAGUUAUGCAGUAUUAUACAUCUGGCAAAAAUUUAGUCACAAAAAGUAAUUAUGAAUAUAUAUCAGGACUUGUGGGGCUUAGGUUUUUGUAAUUUUUUCAACUAAUUUCUUGAUAAAAUAGUUUUUGAGACAGCAAGGAAAUUUGUUUUGAAUAUAUUUAUUUAUAUAUUUAUUGAUUUAUUUUCCCUAGAAUUUUACUCCAGUUAUCAUGGUGGAAAUUGACUCUAAUUCUCUCUCACAAAGCAAUACUGUAACACUUCAGCAUUGCAUGCAUGCUUAUCAUAUAAUCUCUCAGACUGUUUCUCACCUGUUUUGCUUUCCCACAUUUUGAGAGUUCUUUUGUUUCAUCCAUUUGAGCCCAUUGUAUAUUAACAAUAUACAAUAUAAAAUAUACUGUAUAUGUAUUUUUUAUGUUCAUGUUUUUUUUAGCACUUUACACUACUAAUCAAAAUAAAACAUUGGUGUGACCUCAUAUCUAAGGUUUUUCAAAUGUGUUAAAAGAAAAAAGUUGAAUAGCAGAAACUUUUGAAUAAAUAAAAAAAUUUGAAGUAAUAUUAUAUAUAAUUUCACCGAAAAAACAGUAUGCGUUCUUUUCUAGCUCAUGAUUCUAAACAUGACAACAUCAAAACAUGAAAAAUAAUGCUUAUUAAAAAUUUAUUUUUCACUCAAAAUGUUAUUUUAUAAAUAAAAACUUUGAAAACAAAAAACAAUUAUCGGUAUAUUUCUGAUACAGUACUUGAUUUUUGGGGAGCCCCUUGGUGGUUUCUUGUAACUAUAUCGCUAAGAAUGCUCCAUACUAUAAGUCACAUCAUUCACUGGAGUUCUGUUUGGCCUACCAAGGACCAGAGCCAGAACUUAGCUCCUCACAAAGGUGCAGAGAGAAAAUAACAUUCCACCAUUUCAUCGGGAAAGCAUCCAGAAAGUCAUUGAAGUUUUACGGACAACUGCAGGAUUCACAAGACUCGAAGCCUUAAAACUGCCAAACAAAUCCAGAAAUGAUUCAAACAAAACCAGAUAAUUCACUUGAAACUAGCUCAAACCCAUUAGUACCAGUCAGCGUAGCCAAGAGCUCAGUCCUCCGCCAGCUCACCAGUUUGUAGCUGAUGUGUUGCCUAAUGUCUCGUGGUGGUUCCCACCAAGGCUAUGUAGUUUUCUUCUUUACAACUGCAUGAUUCCUCUGUGCCUUCUCCUUGGGAGGAUGCCUUUCUUUCCCAUGCAUUGGGCAAGGGUUUUGACUCUUCUAUGUAACCUUCAUGGCAAACUCCUGUGGCUGUCAGGAAGCCUGAAUUGGGGCCUUCGUUGCACAUUGCUAUUUGGUAUAUUGUUCAUUAUGAGAGGGAUCAUAUUCUUAUGGGAGAGGGGUUUUCUUGUCCUCCUGAUAGGCAUAAUUUUGAUAUCUCUGCAGCUCUUCCCAGGGUCCAUUUCCAUUUUGGUCCUGAGGAUUCAUCUUGCUGGAGGUUUCCCUCUUUUUGAAUUUCUCCUUUUGUUGCUCGUGAGGACCUUAUGGUUUCUCUCCUGCAAAAUUUGAGCCUUGCUUCCAUGAUAGACCCUACUUCCUUUGAGUUCAGGUUGGCAUUGCCAUAUUGGCUAUGUUAUGAGGGUCCAGACUCAUUCUGGCUGGCUGACAACCCUCAUUUUUUUCCAUGGGGUUCUGUUAUUCCUGUAUGCUUGAGUGGCAUAUGGUGGUGAAUGUUUUUUUUAGGUGUUCUUGGGUGGCCCUUUUUGUUCCCUGCUCAUGGACUGUCUGUUGCUCCUACUCUUGCCAAGGAUGUGGGUAGGUGGUAGCUUCAUAUUCAGCAGCCUGUGCUGUCUGCAGCUCUUACUGCAGAGAAUCACAGAGCUCAUGUGCACUUGGCGAUGGUCAUGUGUUUUUGCACCCUCAUGAGCUUUUUGCUGAUAACCUCCACGAUGACGUGAACUCAUUUGGCUUGGUUCCAGGUGCGGAAGCCUCGAUACCUGCAGUACCAGCUGCAGUGGCCUUGCCAAAGAUGCUUGCCCCCAUCCUUCAGGAGGUGGUGGCAGCAUUUUACACUCCUCUUGUGUCAGUGGUUCAUCCUAGCCCAGUCUUCAAAUUUGGCUUAGUCCUUAACCCUUUUUGUCCACCUCCCCUGUUCCGUCUCUCUUUCCUGAGGAUAUUGUUGUGCAAUUCCCUUUGCUUGCUGCUCUGUCUUGCUAUUCGAUUUCCCAACUCUUGGCCACUCUGGGUUCUGUUCCUUGCUCUUGCAGGCAGUCUGGUAGAGCUGGGGGCCAUGCUUGCUUGUGGUUAAGAUAGGCUCUCAGGGAUACCAGAUUCUUAGGAUGUUGUACUUCCUGCUAGGGGGCUCUUCUUCUGCUCAUUGGUGCUGCUCUUUGUAUCACAGAAGAACAUCGCUUCUCCUAGCUCGCAUCAGCUCUUUCAUAGUUCGCCCUUUUGAUGAUGCUAUGGGGUCCAUCUCGCUCCCAUCCCACGGGAAUGAGAUGAACAAAUAUCCAUGGGCAUAUUUGAGCUCGGGGUUUUUAGCAGACAAACAUGACCAUGGUGGCCAGGUAUUUAAUCAAUGUUCCUGGUUCUCAUCCUUCCUGUGUUGCCCUGGGCCCUAUUUCCUGACUGAUGGUCUCCUCUUCAAAUUACUGUAGUACCUACUGCCUCUUUUUUUCCCUGGUAAGUUCCUCAGUUUUUUUCUGUGGUUAUUUAGCCAGAGGGAACCACCAAGGGACUCCCCAAGAAACCCAGCAUUGGAGCCCCAGUGGUUGCCUGUCUUCCUCGCUCCCUCUCUUCUAGGUUCAUCAGUUCACUAGGGUGAUUUUAUCUGCUGCAGAACUGGAUGGCGAGCUGGCAAAGGACCGAGCUCAAGGCCACCUGGUGAGGGCAAUUAAUACUAACGGGUUUGAACUAGUUUCAAGGAAAUUGUUUUCUUUUGUUUGAAUCAUUUGAAGAGUUAUUUGGCACUUUUGAGGCUUCAAGUCUUGUGAACCCAACAGUUGUCUGUAAAGCUCCACUGACUUUCUGAAUGCACCAGGUUCUGGCUCUGGUCCUCAAUAAGUAGACCAAACACAAUUUCCGUGGCUGAUUUGACUUGUAGUAUGGAUCAAUCUUGGCGAGAUAGCUACUGUACAGGAAGCCACUAGGGUUCUACCAGAAAGAGGGAUUUCAUUACAUUCAAUGCUCUGUUUUCCACAUCACCAUCUGGCACCCAUGUUCUGCUGAUGGGUUUAGCCUCGUGGAUCAGAAGCCAUAUGUGAAUUUUCCAGAAAACUAUUCAGGGAAUGACGACUGCUGUAUUUUGGUACAAACCCACACCAGAGAAAAACAAUGUUGAAUUUUUUUCAGUAUUGCAAAAAAACAUUACAGUACUUAGGACGUGAUUUUUGUGGUUAACCUUUUUUAGUUUAAUUUGGUUUUCAUUAGUAAAUUCUUCAUGCAAUAUGCAUUAUGUAUAAAUUUUACCCUUCCAAAUAAAUCCAUUUAUCACUUGAUAAUGGAGUAUUUUCUAAUACUGUAUUGUGGGAAUAGUUGAACUCAGUAGGUGUAGUGGGAAAGUGUUGAUGUAAUAACUUGAAAAUAUAUACUGUAUUAAAAAACUGGUAUACAUAUAUGUACUGUAUAUUAAUGAUUGAUAUAGUAAAACAUUUCUAGAAAUCAAAUGUUGGGGAAAUAAUACCAAGUAUUACUCUACAGCAUUGUAAAGGAGGUAGCCCUUGAUCUAUGCAGGAAGCUUAUGUUCCUCAAAAAAUGCUUAAAUCAAAAUUGAAGGUACUGUAUAUGCUGCAGGCAUGUCAAACUGAGGGGUCCCCCAAGGGCCAUAUGGGUCACAUUUGUGUUGUCAUGGCGGCCACACACGACAACUAACUGAAGUCAUUUAAUAACAAUUAUUGCAGAAUAUUGUAUCCACUAAAUUACAUGGCAAUAUAGUACAGUAUUACAGUAUCCUUUGCGUGGUGCUUGCAAAGGGCAGCGUGUUUGACAUGCCUGGAUGGGAUAAAUAGGCCUAGGUUCUAGUGACCUCUAACAGUCUACAUUUUCCACUCUAUUCAACAAAAUGCCUAUUUUAAUGCUAUUACUUACAGCUCUUUCCACUCUUCAGCCAUAAAUUCAGCAUAUAAUGAAAUUCAGACUGCCUGGAAUGUAUAUUGAUGCGUAAAUUUAACCCAAACGUUUCAUAAAACAUAAGAAUAUGUACAAUACAGUGCUGAGAGAAUCGUAGAUCCAUGGUUUAGCCACGGUAAGACAUGUUAAUUCAUUCUCUUCCUAUGAGAUUUACCUGCACACUUUGAUAAAAAGUGCUAAACCCUUUGUAUAAGAGGGUUUAAACUUUACAUCUCCAAAUAUACAUGAUCCAGUACUGUACUGCACAAAUUGUGAGCCAUCUGUACACUUGUUUUGUUAUUAUUUCAGAACAUCAGAAUACCUUAUUUAUUGUUGCAUUUGACUUAAGUGGUUAGAUUCCCCCACCAGAAAAAUAACUGUGUAUCAGCUGUGUUUUAAUCUUUCAUCACUAUUCACAAGCCUGGGAGUGGCUGAGUAGUUACAGCUAGAUGGUAUGGAAGUAGGACAUACAAUGCUCGAUAUACUGUUCUGUUUACUAUUGUCAUGUAGAGGAUAUAAAGUUUGCUAUGUCCCUGUAGCCAAUGAGUGUGGUUGUCCAUGUGGUCACUCAUCCAUUUAUUGGCCAGACACAGUGCAGUACCACAAAAAUCUGCUUAUACAGUACAGUACUGCGCUACAAAAAACUAAGACUUCAAAAAUUAUUUCUGUAUACAGUAUAAAGAUUUAGAAUCAAUAAAUAAGACAGAAUACUGUACUUUGGAAGUAAUUUUAGUAGAUUUAUAAAUAUUUUUCAGACAAAAUGGGAAUUAUUAAAUCAUCAUAAGUUGACAAUUAUACAGUACAGUAUAUAGCAGUCAUUUUGGGAGUUUACAGCUAUUUAAGUUGGAAAUGCAUCUCUUAGUUAAAUUGUCAUUUAUCAGUGCAUUUUCCAACCAAUAUCUUGGUGUUUUUGUUCUGAUCAUAUUCAGAUCCAUUUGUAUUUAACUAAUAUUUGUUCCUCACUUAUUUUAGAAUUCUGUUUGUACUUUUUUUUUUUUUUUUUUUCCUAUUUUAUUACAAUCUUAUUUUCUUCUUAAUGUAUCCUCUUUAAGUUCAGUAUACUGUACCACCACCAAACAUUUGCCACAUUUUCAGUGAUUUAAUUGCUCAACUUCUUUUCAGUAUAUUAAUCUGAUAUUUGAAUGAUAUAAACCCCCACUUGGGCUUACAGUAUAUAUAUAUUUUACAUCUUAAUAUUUAAUUUUGCUCUCCAUCACCUAAUUAGGAUUCACAUAUUACAGAUUCUUCUUUUUCAUAACGGUUCUUCACAUUUCCUUCAUUCAGCAAAGCAAUAUAGACCAUAGCACAGUGGUACCUCAACUCUCACUCGAGAAUUCCGGAUUUGAUCCCCAGGUGGGACACAAAUGGUCGGGCAUAUUUCCUUUCUCCAGAUUAAUCUGUUACCCUAGUCAUAAAUAGGCACUCGGGAGUUGGGCAACUGUUGAGGGGUUGAAUCCUGGGAAAGAUCAGUAGUUGACCUAUGGAAACCUCGAUAAGCCCGAGUACAGGCUUCCUGUCCUCAACAACAGAAAUCACCACCACCACCACAUUCUACAUAUCAGAAAUAUCCAAAAUGUACGUAAUGGAUUUUUUUUUAUUUGUUAUCAAGUUAUAAAAUAUUGUACAAAUUAUUUAUCUAUAUUUUGCCCUCUUACAUUGUUUCUAAAUUAUCCACUUGCCUUAUUUUAUAAUUUUUCCAUUAUACAGGCUGUAUUUAUAUAUAUAUCUUAUCAAGGGUAGUCUGCAUAUGCUAAGAUUUUGGAAAAACCUAAGAUAAAGAAUAGACUAUUUGUAGAUAAUGUUUUACCAGUCUACUCUCAUCUUGGCAUUUUUCUACAUUGCUGACAGUAUUUAUGACUAACAGAAAAUCCUUUUACCAAAUAAAAAAUGUUAUUCACUAAACUCAAAUUUUAUUUUUAAGAGGUUGGUCUAAAAUAUUUGUAAUAAAUUUGUAUCACUGCAUAUAUCAACAUAAUCAAAUGUGCAUAGUGCCUACACUUCCUUAAAUCAUGUACUGUAUCUCAAUAGCUUGUAUAUCCAUACAACAUUAAUACACAUUAAUCCAUACAACAUUAAUACACCAAUGAUUUUGUGAACUGUUAAUAUUCUGUAUUAUAUUGUAUUUUCUGUAGCUGCUUUAUUUCUACUUAAUCAAAAUUUUCUUAUCAAAAAAUAUCUAUGGAAUAAACAUCAUUCAUCAGCAUUAUUACAUAAAUAUUCUUAUAAUAUUUAUUUUAUCUAUUAAUAAUUAUCAUUUAUAGAACAAUUUUACAAAAUAUAGAAUCAAAACAGCAAUAAAUAUAUUGAAAUUUUGUAUAUAUACUGUAUAUGAUGACAUAACAGUUUGAUCAGUUCAUAACUUUUAUGUAAUUUAAGAAUUAUCAUAAUUCAAUUGCUUUGUUUCAGUUAUAUGAAGAGUGGAAACACUGAACACACACAUUUUAUAUAUAUGAAAGAAAACUUCAGUGAGCCCCAACCCAUAAAUCAUUUAAGAACUCUACGACCCAUGAACCUGCAUUAUCAGGGCUCACCCCCUGGCAUGUAGUCCAAAUGCAGAUUCGAACCCUGCUCGGGUCAUAAGAGUUCUUUAGUGACAAAAUAAAUAAAUAAAUAAAGAAUCAUUCUUUGCUGCAACAUUUUCAGAAAAUGUUGCACCAUUUUAUUUUAAUGGAACAUGAUUGUCAUCACUUUCCAAAGUAUUGCACACAAAAAGUUGCCGUUUGUGAGCGAUUCCAUAUUAAAAUUUAAUUGACUACUAUGUAUGAGCUAAUGUAAAUUAAACAUAUGAACUGAAAUGGGUUAGUCAUGUGUUUUCUAAAAGUUGGUUUCAGUGCUACAUUGGUGCAUUAUGUUAAACAUUUUGUUCAUAAUGCUUGGGUUGUCACCUGUGUCGUUUGACAAUCUUUGUGCCAGUGUAAUUUUUUUUUACAUACUAUGGAUUAAUUAUUGCCGUUAUUCUAUCCUUAGUAUACUGAUUGUAAAUAUAGUCUCAAAAUAAUAAUUUGAUUAGGGUUUGCAAAUGACAAGUUUGUAGAAUUAAAAUAACUUUGUAAUAAUUUAUAAUAAUUAACUAAAUACAAUGAAGAUGAGAAUAAAAUCAAACAAGAUA